GAAUACACUAACGACAGGUGUUGAAAUACAUCAUCAUCUGGGGAAAUACUUGGCGCCGAAGUGUAACUCUGAAACACUAAAUUCAGUCUUUAAAUACAUUACGAGUUAUAAUUUAUCUAACCCAUUGGAAAUUUAUCUCAAGAAACUCUCGGAUACGCUGUCACGUCGAUUCUUUGUAUUCUACUAUACCGAGAUAUCUCAUUGUCCACGAGGUUUACCUUUCAUUGGAAAUAUAUUUGAUAUCGCAAGAUUAGUAAAUGAGACGAAAUAUUAUUGCGAUGCUUGGUGUCGAUUAGCUGACAAAUACGGACCUAUUGUUGGUCUCCGGAUAGGUUUCGAUGAACCGCUAAUUAUAGUUUCUGGAAAGUCUGCAAUUACAGAGAUGUUGAAUCGAUCUGAAUUUGACGGCAGACCAAAUGGAUUUUUAUAUAAACAUAGAAGUGGUGGUGUUCGACGAGGAAUAUUGUUUACAGACACUGAUGUCUGGUACAGUCAAAGAAGAUUUGCAUUAAAAACACUAAAACAGUUCGGUUUUGGAAAUAAUUCAAUGGAAAGUGUACUCCAACACGAUGCAAUUACAUUGACAAAUAUUAUUACUGAAUUAACAGAAAAGGGAACAAGUACAAAUAUUCGAUCCAUCAUUUCAGCAGCGGUUCUGUGCAAUUUGUGGCUUCUCAUAGAUGGUACAAAAUUUGAUGUAGGAACGGAAAGUACAAAUUUAAAGGAAGCAAUACAUAUAUUAAAAGAUCUUGUUAGAAGUACGAAUGUUUCUGGUGGAAUUUUAAACCAAUUUCCCUUUCUCAGAUACAUAUUUCCAAAUUUAACAGGAUAUUCGAUGUUUGUAGAACGUCAAAAUCGUAUAAAUGAUUUUUUUAUGCACGUAAUAUCGAAACAUAAACGUGAUAAAAUAAAUGGAGAAUAUGCAAAUUUUAUAGAUGUUUAUUUACAACAAAUAGAAGCACAAAAGAUGAAUUCAUCUCAUUCUUUGUUCAAUGAAAAUCAACUAUUAUAUGUAAUAAAGGAUUUAUUUAGUGCUGGUGUUGAUACUACUGACAAUACUAUCGGUUUUGUAAUAGCAUUUCUAGUAGUUCAUCAAGAUGUACAAGCUAAAGUAUACGAUGAAAUCAACAGGGUUAUAGGCAAAGAUGUAUAUCCUUCUCUUAGUGAUAAAGAUCGAUUACCAUAUAUAAAAGCAGUUUUAGCAGAAGUAUCAAGACUAGCCAAUAUUGGUCCAACUUCCAUUCCACACCGAGCAAUAAUAGAUUCCAACUUGCUAGGUUUUGAAAUUAAAAAAAAUUAUACUUUAUUAGCUAAUCUUAAAAGUGUUCACAUGGACAAAGAGCAUUGGGGAGAUCCGGAAGUAUUUCGACCAGAAAGAUUUAUCGAUGAGAAUGGAGAAUUUAUUAAUGAUUCUUGGCUCAUACCUUUUGGCCUAGAUUUCCAUCCAUAUUAUUUAGUAGUUGACAAUAUGGCAAAAGAUCCAUCAAAUGAAACUGUUUUGAGUUAUUAUGACUGUUUACUGAGAACAAGUGAUGUUGCAUUACUUCAAGGACCACAUUGGUUAAACGAUGUCAUAAUCGGAUUUUACUUUGAAUAUCUGAAUGAGACACUUAACAAAAAUGAGAAAAAGGAAUUAUAUUUUAUCAGUCCUGAAUUAACACAGUUAUUGAAAAUGACAGAUCCAUCGCAGUACAAUAUAUUUUUAGACCCUUUAAAUGUAUCAGAGUGCAAAUGUAUCCUUUUCCCUUUGAAUAAUUGUGAUAGAAAAGAUGCAGCUGGAGGAUCACAUUGGAGUUUAUUAAUAUUUUGUAAACAAGAUAAAAUAUGUUAUCAUUUUGAUUCAUCAAAAGGGUAUAAUGGUAAUAUCGCUGCAAAAUUUGCAAAGAAUAUAAUGAAUUGUGUACUUGAUAAAGAUGAAUCUAACAAGUUUGUUGAUGUAGAUUGUCCACAACAAGAUAAUGGUUAUGAUUGUGGAGUUUAUGUUUUAUGUUUAGCAGAUGUAAUUACAAAGCAUGUUCUAAAAACUGGAAGGAUAGAUGGAUGUAAUUAUAAUCAGAUUAAAAAAUUAGUGCAUGCAAAACGAACAGAAUUAUUAAACUUAAUAAAUGAUCUUAAAUGUAAAUCAAAUAUUGAUAAAUGAUAUAACAUGCAAUAUAAACAAAUAAUUUAUAAUUAUAUU